AUGAGCACUAUUGACAAAAUUAAGUCAAGAAGAGUGACCAACCGAGGACUUAAUAAGAAAUAUGCAAAUCUAGCUGAGCACAAAGUAGCAAGGAACACAAAGAUAAGAUCUACAGAAUGGCACAAGGGAAAAUCGGUCUCUUUGAAAUAUAAGUCAAGACCUUUCAAAAGUUUCAAUCGAAAGAUCAAUAAACUGAGCAAAUCCAUCAGGAAUAGCGUGCGCGCAAUCCCUAUCAAGAAGAACAACCUCCAGGAACGAAGGAGCAGCGUGCAAGCUGUUUCAAGAAACAGCAUUAAUUUAAACAAGGAGGAUAAUCGCAAGGGCCACGAAGAAAUUGAAGCCAUGGAGACUCAUUAUAUGACUGCGAAAAAUAAUAAUCUAACUGAUAAAAUUCAUAAGAGCAAGAGCAAACUGGAUCAUAAUGAAGAUAAGCUUGAAAAGAAUCCUUUCAAGCCUGCUAAAUUCAUCAGCUUUGGCAAUCUAUCACCAAAAAGAAUCUACAAAGAUAAAGGAGCUAUUGAAAGAAGAGCUGUCUUACUCCAAGCUCAAACAGCCGAGGAUGAUGAGAAAAGGAAUAAAUUUACUCCUCUAAAUAUUGCUAGAAGGGUCUCUACCAUUCAUGAGAGUCCGCCAGGGAAGAGGAAGUGAGAUCUGGAUGAUCUUAGCUCUAGAAUGCUUCCUAAAAAUAUUCCUAACACAACUAGAGACCAUCAGAUGGCUAACGGAAAAUAAAUAUUUCUCAAGAGUCAAAAGUUUUGAGGCCUACUUCAACAAGAUUAAGAAGCAGAAGAUUAUGACAUACACAAAAAUCAGCGCCUCUGAGAGGCCAAUCUCCAAGGCCUUGCUAUUCAAGAUCAUCUCUAACCGACAGAAGCAAGAGGGCGACCUUAUCUUUUGCAAGUGAGAAAAGCAUCCAGAAAUAUUCCAGAGGGGUGACCUUAUGAUGUAUUUCUCAAGAAAAAGAGUCUAUGAUGAGCUCCUAAGCUGUGCCUACAAGACUUUCGACACUUACAAGUCAAUUGAUGAUCUUGAGAAGAACAAGAGAGUCAUGGAUAUUGUCAAAGAUGUGCCCAGAACUUUCUCUAACUACGAGAUAUUCAAUUACCAUGAGAUGAUAGCCAAGGUCUUCAGGAUCCUUCUGGUUUUUCUUGAGUACAAAAAUGGGGUGGAAUACUACCAAGGAAUGAAUUGCAUUGUUGGAGCUCUAGCUAUCCACACUGAAGAGUCAAAGGCAUUCUGGUUGUUCAUUGACUUAUUGGAAGGGUAUAACCUAGAUGAUGCAUACAAACCAAAUCUGGAAGGCUGAGCCUUAUUUACCAAUGAAAUACAACAAAUGGUCAGCAAGAAGUUCAAGAAAGUUCAUGCCCACAUUACGUCCAUAGGUAUCAGCUAUGAGAUGUUCUGAGUUAAUUGGGUAAUCUCCUUCUUCUGCUCCUAUAUGCCACUGCAUAUGAUCCCAAUAUUCUUCGAAAAUUUCCACAAGAAAGGAUGGCCAGUGUUCUACAAAGUAAUAUCCAAUAUCUUCAAAACCCUCGAGAAGAGCCUACUAAAAUGCCAGGAUAUCUGAGAAGUCCUAGAGGUCUUUAAAUCCCUCAAAUACCCCGACACCUCAGACCUCGCUCCCUCUGGGUCCAAACUAUACAAGAAUUGUAGGAUCACCAAGAAGUGGAAGGCUAUUCUUAAAUAACAUCAACUCCUAAAACACACUCAUCAGUAGUCCCCUGGUCUAUC